AUGAAAGCUAGGAAAUCGCAGAGAAAAGCGGGCAGUAAACCAAAUCUUAUCCAGUCUAAAUUGCAAGUUAAUAAUGGUUCGAAAUCGAAUAAAAUAGUCAAGUGUGAUAAAUGUGAGAUGUCAUAUUCCUCGACAUCAAUAGAAGAUCGCGCCAUCCACGAGAAAUACCACACUUUACAGCUGCAUGGACGUAAAUGGUCGCCGAAUUGGGGUUCUAUAGUAUACACAGAGCGAAACCAUUCAAGGACGGUGCAUCUAUCAAGAUCGACAGGGACAAUAACGCCAUUGAACUCCUCACCUUUGAAAAAAAGUAGUCCGUCUAUUACCCAUCAGGAGGAGAAGAUUGUAUAUGUGAGACCAGAUAAGUCGAAUGGUGAAGUCCGAGCCAUGACGGAGAUAAUGACACUAGUGAAUAACGAGCUGAAUGCGCCACACGAUGAGAAUGUCAUUUGGAACAGUACCACAGAAGAAAAAGGCAAAGCGUUUGUAUACAUAAGAAAUGACAGGGCGGUCGGAAUAAUAAUUAUAGAGAACCUUUAUGGGGGCAAUGGUAAAACAUCUAGUCGUGGACGUUGGAUGGUUUAUGAUUCUAGAAGAUUGGUACAGAAUGUGUACCCCGAUUUUAAGAUUGGCAUAUCGAGAAUUUGGGUGUGCAGGACAGCAAGGAAGUUGGGUAUCGCAACCAAAUUGAUUGACGUUGCAAGAGAAAAUAUUGUUUACGGUGAAGUUAUUCCUAGGUACCAGGUAGCAUGGUCGCAACCCACAGACAGCGGUGGAAAACUGGCUAGCAAAUACAACGGCAUUAUGCAUAAAUCAGGCAAGUUACUAUUGCCGGUAUACAUAUGA